AUGGAACUCCAGCGCAUUUCCGAGGACUACAAGUUAGCCAAAAAGGGCUUCUUGAGCAAAAACUUUAACAAGGCGUACGACACGCUCUCCAAAUACUUUGCAGCGGAUGCGAACAGCAUGUUUGCGUUAUACGAGAAGAAAAGCGUCAACUUGAUUCUCCUCAACAACGUGCUCAACCUCUACGCGACAGUUAUCAACGAAAUUCUCAAGCAGGAAGACACGAACCGCGCGGUGGCGGACUCCGCGCGCGAACGCGUCGCAAGCGGGCGCCUCCUCCGCGAGUACGUCGCAGCGGUGGGCGGCGACUUCGGCCAGGCCAGUCCUGAGAUCUUCUACAGCUGCUACCUGAUCGAGUAUCUCAACGGGUCGGGACCUGACUACUUGACCCGUCUUGCAGACAAGAUCGAAAAUGAAUAUUUGUCCAAUAUCAACGUCGAGAUCUAUACCGAAGCCUUCUCCAAGCUGUACCAGGCGCACUUACACAAGCUCUUGGAGUUGUAUCUCGUGCACGUGUUGCCACGCGCAGCGCGCGAAGAGGGGAAUGCAAAGGGGGACGCGUACACGCGUGAAUUCAUUGAAAACAGCCCGUACAUCGCGCGCGACGUGCAGGUGCAGUACACGGAGAAGCUCGCGGCAAAGUACCGCGAGUUGGAUGACAAGGAGGCUCGGCGCCAGGAAACCGCUGCGCGCGAACAGGAGGCCGCAAAGCAAAAGGAAGAGGAACAGCGCGCGAAGCAGGCGGUGAAAAAGGAACAGAGUCUCAAGCAGGAACAGAUUCGUGCAUUAAAAGCGAAGUUGAUGGCAGAGAAUCACAGCGAAGCGAUCUCCGAGGCGGCGCGUAAACACACGGUUCUAUCUGAGUCAGCCUCCGGAGCGGAGACGCCGAUUCUGGCGCCGGAAAAGAAGCCAAAGAAGACCAUGUUGCAAAAGAUCAUUCUCUCGAACAAGAAGCAGCUCGCGGCGGUGGCACAAGUUGUGCGCGCGCGUAUUCCGCAGCUUAUCGUCUUACUUGUGCUUGUGCUUCUUGGCAGAACGGUGGCUGGCAGAAAACAAGGCACACCACAUGACAGCUUGGCCGUCACUGUGUGGAACAAGGUGGCUGCUACCGCCAAGAUGGCGUUUAAGGUGACGUAUGUGUAG